UGCGCGGCUGAGGGGUGGCUCCUCCCGCUGGCCCUGUUGCGGCGCUGGCGAGGCGUUUCCCGAAGGAAGCUGGGGUACCGCGGCCGGGGUGAAGCCGUCGCAGCCGUUGGUAGAGGCCGAAAUUGUUGGGCGCUGGCAGCAGGCGGGCGCGUCCCUCAGCCGUGGCAGGCCGCCGGUGACUGGGGCCAGGAGGCGAAGGUUGAGGCAGCCGCUUGCGAAGAAGGUGUCUGAAACGUGGCUGGUUUCUUGCGGACAAGCACCACGGCAUAUAGUGUGUACAAUAGGGAAGAGAAAUCGUGUUCCCAGCCAAACACAGCUGUUUUCAUACAACCUCCAGUACAACAUCUCUGAGGAAAAGAUGGAUCUGGUAUCACAGUCCACUCUGAAUGAGCACCUGCCACAGACAGGGAUUCCAUCUGGAUCACAAGAUAAAGUUUCAGUUCUUGAUUCUGAACCAGAAAUGGCUGAACCUCAGGUGGCUGCAGCUCCUGUGAUAAGAUCAAACUUGUCUGUUAAAGCACCUGAGUUUUAUCCAGCAGGAUACGUCCACAACUUCAGUCAGAACUUUGCGGAUUCUUCCUUUGAAGAUAGAUACGAUGGCUAUCUGACUUUGGUGGAAUAUGUACAAGACUUCCUAAAUCACCUCACCGACCAACCAGCUUGUUUUGAAACUGAAAUAGAGCAGUUUGCUGAAACACUGAAUGCCUGGGUCUCUUCAGGUGAAGAUUUACAAGGGCUUGUUGAGCUCAUCUAUCAGCAGGCCACAUCUGUCCCAAAUUUUUCAUACAUGGGAGCACGGUUGUGUAACUACCUAUCUCACCAUCUAACCAUUAGUCCACAAAGUGGGAACUUCCGACAGCUGUUACUUCAAAGGUGUCGAGCAGAGUAUGAAAACAGGGAUGAAGCCACCAGAGCAGAUGAGACUACUCAAAAAGAGUUUCAUGCCUUUGUGCUGUUCUUAGCUGAACUUUAUCUUAAUCUAGAGAUUAAAGGAACAAAGGGACAGGUAAUGCGAGCAGAAAUUCUUCAAGAAGGCCUUCGGGAAUUACUAAAUGCGCUCUUGUCUAAUCCUGUGGACAGUAAUCUGAUAUGUGCUGUGAAACUGCUGAAGUUGACAGGCUCAGUUUUAGAAGAUGCCUGGAAAGAAAAAGGAAAAAGUGAUAUGGAGGAUAUUAUUCAGAGAAUUGAAAAUGUUGUGUUGGAUGCAAACUGUAGUAGAGAUGUGAAACAUAUGCUUCUGAAACUAGUAGAAUUGAGAUCAAGUAACUGGGGUAGAGUUCAUGGAUCUUCUGCACAUACAGAAGCUACCCCUGAAAAUGACCCUAACUAUUUUAUGAAUGAGCCAACAUUUUACACUUCUGAGGGUGUUCCUUUCACUGCAGCAGAUCCAGAUUAUCAAGAAAAAUACCAAGAGCUGCUUGAAAGAGAGGACUUUUUUCCAGAAUAUGAAGAAAAUGGAACAUACCUGCCAGGACCUGGAGAUCCGUAUUUUGAUGACAUUGAUGAUGAGAUGGAUCCAGAAAUUGAAGAGGCGUAUGAAAAAUUCUGUCUAGAAUCAGAACAUACGAAAAAAUAGUGAGAUGUUAUACAUUAAUGUUAGUUUAUUAAGCCACUUUAUGGUUAGAAUUCAUGGGGAUAAAAACAUUUGUACCAAAACAGGGAGCUUGAGUUUCUCCAAGUACUAAAGUACACAAUUUUCAUUAACAGAAACUGCCAAAAAUUGUAAACUCAUGCCCUGUAUCUGAAAAUGUUGUGUAUAUAAUCAUAGUUUAUUUUAUGUACAGGUAUAUGAACAAUGUUUUGGCUGCAAUAAAAAUUAUUUUAAAAUUAUCAUAACUGAAAUUACAAUCUAAUGGGGAAUUAUUCCAUAAAAUUUACUUGAGAAAAAGGGGAAGAAUAACUUGAUCUGAAUUUAACUGCUUUCUUGCUUGUUCCAGUAUACAUUGGGUAUUUACUCACCCUUUUUGAAGACACCCAUAUUUAUUGGCUUUUUUUUCCCCUAAAAAGCAUGAUUCAAAACCAGUUGAGUCUUGGGUUUGGGUUUGUUUGGGUUUGUUUUUUUUUGGGGCGGGGGAGUUUUUAUUUUUGUUUUCCCCUGUAGAUGACAGCCAUGAGAAGUGAUUUGUGUAGGUUUUGUUUUGUGGGAAAUUUUGUUUUGUUUAUUUCCUUUUUUUUUUUUUCCCCAAAACCUGUACGGAUGAGGUCCAGAUUCUUUUGGCUUUUUUUUUCUCCCCUGGUGCAAACACAUUCUAUGUUCAUAAGUGAGAAAGCAAGCAGUAUUUUGGACGUUGGGUGCUUUCAAGGUCUUUGGUUUAGAUAAGCUUAUUUUCAACUUCUACAAGCAAAAACUAGCCUUUAAUUUGCGGUGUUAUUCAAGAGCAUACAAAUGUAGUUAUGUUUUAACCCAUGCUUCUCAAGAGUUUGUGCAGUGCUCAAUAUAGAGUUUGGUUUUCUUUCAAUGUAUCUAACAUGUCUGACCUGGUUAACUCUUCUAACUUACUUUAUUCUUCUAAUUUUAUGUAGUUUAAUUUUGUAGUUGGAGUAAAUUCAUGUAUUUCAUUAAUGUCAACAUUCUGAAGCCAGCUGCUCUUCUUUUGACCCCAUAUAAUCAUGUUACCUUUCCUAGGAUACUCUGUUAUUGUUGUUGCCAAACUCAGUUGUACUGUUUCCUGUUAUCUGUUACUGGUUAGAUGGAGUAGAAUCCCUUACCAAAAAAAAAAAAUUAAAAAAAAUAAAAUAAAAAAAAUAUCCCAAAAGUUAGCAACUAUAAAGAACACAUGGUUGUAAAUAUGCAUGUAAAUAAUUCUGGUAAUAUUUCACUGUUACUUGUUUGAUUAAAUAACUUGUGCAUCUGC